CCCGAAGAUGCGAAGGUGGCUAGCAUUAGGGACUGGCCACGACCCCAGUCUCUGACUGAGGUCGAUCGUUCUUGGGAAUGUGUGGUUAUUACCGUAACUUCGUGAAGAACUAUAGCACGAUCACAUCUCUCUUGACUGAUCUAACUCGACUUGACACGCCAUGGGACUGGACCGACGAGUGUGAGGCAGCUUUCAAACGUUUGAAGCAUGCUCUCGCGCACCAUGAGGUUCUCAUGGUACCCGACCCGCAAAGGCCAUUUGUUGUAACCACUGACGCAAGCCAAUACGGCAUUGGCGCAGUGCUAGCUCAGCAGGACGACAAAAAGUUGAGACCGGUCGAGUACAUGAGCAAAAAGAUGCCAUCAAAGAAGUUGGCAAAGUCCACCUACGAGAGGGAACUCUAUGCUCUCUACAAGGCACUUGUCCACUGGAGGCACUAUCUGUUAGGAAGGUUCUUCUAUUUGAGAACUGACCACCAAACCCUCAAGUGGAUCAAGACACAACCGGUUCUCUCCGAUGCACUCAAACGCUGGAUUGAAGUCAUAGAUCAAUAUGACUUCAAACUAGACUAUGUGAAGGGAGAGUACAACAAGGUUGCAUAUGCGUUGUCUAGAAGGGCAGACUACCUGGGUGCGCUGAUUUCUGAGUUUGGCCUAUCUGAGUACGUGACUCGAUCUAUGGAGGAAGCCUACAAGGAAAAUCCCAUCACGAUGGACAUCAUCACCAAACUUCAGGCUAAAGACAAGGCUGCCUCUGAUGAGUUUGUGAUGGUGGAUGGGUUGCUCUUCCUUGAGAAGGCAGGGUUUAAGAGAAUAGUUGUUCCAUCUAGGGAAGAUUUGCGUAGUUUGUUUUUAGGAGAAUGCCAUGACGCAACAGGACAUUUCGGCUAUAAGAAGACUUGUGCUAACUUAGUACAGCGAUUUUGGUGGUCUAACAUGCUGGACGAUGCAAAGAAAGAUGUACGUUUCACAAGCGAGAUGUGGAAGAAGGCCACUGAACAGAUGGGCAGCCAGCUUCAGAUGACUUCUGGGAAUCAUCCAGAAGCAAAUGGCCAGGCUGAACAGAUGAACCAAGUGGUGCAGCAUCUGCUGAGGCAUUACAUCAAGCCCAGCCAGAAUGACUGGGAUGAGAAAUUACCUCCCAUCGCCAGCCUGUACAAUAACGUUGUACACAGCACCACCGACUGUGGUGUGACGAAAUGUGAACUCCUGAUGUUGCAAGCAGUGGCGUAGUUUGUGUGGGAUCGUUGCCGUUGCUAUCGGAGUAGAUUCUCGCUGUCUUCUUGCUAGGAGCUGAAGAAGAAGCCGACGUUCAUUUAGGCCGACGGGUGAAGUAAGAUGCCAGGUGAUGCAAAUUGGCGUGUUAAGGAAUUGACCGAUGUUUAGGGUUAAAGGUGGCCGAAGGAGAAGAGGUUGAGGAAGGCGGAAGAAUCAAGUGAAGCAAACAUG